AUGCAUAAAUCGGCCAAUGAUCCAACCCGAUGGGAUAUCAUCGUCGAAGACGGCAGAGUCCACCAACUUCGUCGCUCAGAUCAUACGGUUAAGGAACCAUCCCAACUUCUGCUGCCGGCUCUCUGUCAUCCACAUAUCCAUCUCGACAAAGCCUUCAUCCUUACUUGUGGAAGUGCAUUAUAUGCAGAUCUCGUACCUGAGACUGGAUCUUUCAAUGAGGCCCUUUUGAAUACUUCCAAGGCUAAAGAGCGCUAUACCGAAGAGGAUCUCUACCUUCGAGGCUCCCAGCUCUUAGCGACAAGUUAUAAGCAAGGUGUGACAUCUCUCCGCGCUUUUGUAGAAGUGGACCAUGUCACUGGAGCGUUGCCGCUGACCACAGCGAUUCGGCUUAAAUCCGACUUCUCCCACCUAUUAGAGGUACAGAUUUGCGCAUUCGCCCAAGAUCCUCUCUUCUCCACCACUUACGGGGAGACCAAUCGAUCUGUUCUCACAUCGCUUUUGAGAGAGCACGUCCCUUCCGUCCAAGUUUUGGGUACUACCCCCUACGUCGAGGAGUCACAAGAAGCAUCUCUCCAGAAUAUCGAAUGGGCUGUCACCACCGCCAUCCAGUACGGUUUGCACCUCGAUUUCCAUUUAGAUUACAACUUGACCCUGCCUUCUCAUUCUAGCCAACCGCUAGUAUUGUCGGUUGUUGAACUGCUACAGAAGCAUAGAUGGCUCGAACUUGCCGGCGGUUCAAGGACCAUAGUCGUUGGGCACUGUACACAACUUACAGUCCUCUCCGACCCGGAACUCCAGAGGCUUUCCAAGACUAUCAUUGAUAGUAAGCUUCCAAUGUAUUUCGUUGGCCUACCAACCAGCGACAUGUUUAUGAUGGGCCGGCCAACGUCAACAGCAAGCGGGACGCACGCCCGACCGCGUGGAACUCUGCAGGUUCUUUCCAUGAUUAAAGAUCUUGGACUGUCCGCUUGCAUCGGAGUAAACAAUGUCGGGAAUGCCUUCACGCCUUUUGGGUCCGGUGACCCCUUACAGUUAGCGUCAUGGGGUGUAGGUAUAUAUCAAGCUGCAGCAGAAAUUGACACAAUGACGUUGUACGGGUGCGUAAGCUGGCUAGCCAGAAGGGCCAUAGGUCUAAGUGCGGUAGAUGGCGACGUAACCCAAGGUCAAUCCUUACUAGGCAUGCUCAUAAUCAAGAACAAUGAGUGCAUCAGGCUCCCAGAUGUUGAUGGGACUUUCGGAUGGGAGAUACCCUUCAAACAAAGGACGAGUCUCAGAGAUAUCGUCUGGGAUCCACCUGAAGUUGGGCUGAGAUCGAUAAUAAGGCAAACGUGUUUACCGGACACCAAACCCAAAGGCGACUCCCAGUAG